AUGACAAUUCUCUCUAAGGAAGGCUCACUCAUUCAGGAAGAGCCUUCCUAAAAAGAUUUAUCAACUGCCAACUCAAGUCUAAGCUGCAUUCCAAUGAAUGAAACGCAAUAAAGAAGAAUUAUAAAAAGAAUUUGGAGAUCUAUAAUGGAGGGCAACUUAAACAAGCUAAAGUCCUUAUAAGAUUAAUUACUGUACCACGGUUAGGAGCUUUCAAAUGCGAGAAUUAAUAAAUUCGGAUGGACCCCUUUGCAUGCAGCUUGCUAUUUCGGUAGAUUAAGCAUAGUAAUAUACUUAAUUGAGUAAGAUCAUGCUGACCCUAAUGAAGUAAACCCCAAUGGAUGGCACAGUUUAAUAUUUGCUGUAAUGGGUGGACAUGGAUCGGAAAUUGUCGAGUACCUCUUAAAGAAAACUAUUACUGACCCUUUGCUUACUGAUGAAAAGGGUAAUAAUGCCCUGGCAUAUGCUAAAAGCAUUAACCCAGGUGGUCAAGUAGAGUAAAUUCUAUAAAAUCAGCUAAUCUGA